UGGGAGAGAGUGUGCCACAAGGUACCAGGACAUCUGGACUGUGACCCGCAGCCGUGUGGCACUGAACUUUGUCCCACUUGUCACCGUGGAGGGGCUGGGCCUGCCCCGGGAUAUCCCCGACGUCACAAACACAGCGUGGUCACAGCACCCGGUGGGGCGACACCGGGCACCCCAGGACCGUCCAUCGUCCCACCGGCGGAACACACCGGGGCCAGCUGGACCAAUUCCACCGGGCCAGCCCCACCAUGGCCACCAGCGAGCCCACGCCGGCGCAGCCCAAGGCAGAGGAGCAGCAGAGCAUCGGGACACGCGUGGCCAACCUGCCCCUGGUGAGCUCGGCUUACGACAUGGUGUCCUCCGCCUACACCUGCACCAAGGAGAGCCACCCCUACGUGCGGAGCGUCUGCGAUGCUGCCGAGAAGGGCGUGAGGACACUGACAGCGGCAGCAGUGAGCGGGGCCCAGCCCCUCCUCACCCGCCUGGAGCCCCAGAUUUCCACCGCCAAUGAAUUUGCCUGCAAAGGGCUGGACAAGCUGGAGGAGAAGCUGCCCCUCCUGCAGCAGCCCCCCCAGAAGAUCAUCUCAGACACCAAACUGCUGGUGACCUCCACGGUGACGGGGGCCAGGGAUGUGCUGACCAGCACGGUGGCUGGAGCUAAGGAUGCAGUGUCCAGCCGAGUGACCGGAGCUAAGGAUGCAGUGUCCAGCACUGUGUCCGGGGCUAAGGAUGCAGUGUCCAGCACUGUGUCCGGGGCCAAGGAUGCAGUGUCCAGCACUGUGGCCGGAGCCAAGGAUGCAGUGUCCAACACUGUGGCUGGAGCCAAGGAUGCAGUGUCCAGCCGAGUGACCGGUGUGAUGGACAUGACCAGAGGGGCAGUGCAGGGUGGCGUGGAGCUGACCAGGUCUGCAGUCAGCAGUGGUGUCAGCACCGUGGGCCAGAUGGUGGCCAGCGGGGUGGACUCCGUGCUGGGCAAGUCGGAGGAGCUGGUGGACCAUUACCUGCCCAUGACAAAUGAGGAGCUGGCCAAGCUGGCCACGGCCGUGGAGGGCUUCGAGCCGGAGCAGCAGAGGCAGCAGCAGAGCUACUUCGUGCGUCUGGGCUCCCUCUCCACCAAGGUGCGGCACCGGGCGCUCCAGCACUCCCUGGGCAAACUGCAGAGCGCCCGCCAGAGCAGCCAGGACCUGCUGGCCCAGCUCCAGCGCACCCUCGACCUGGUGGAGCAGCUGAAGCAGGGCGUGGACCAGAGGCUGCAGGGAGGGCAGGAGAAGCUGCAGCAGCUGUGGCUGGAGUGGAGCAAGAAGCAGCCGGGCAGUGGCAAGGACCGGGCGCCGCCGGAGGCGGUGGAGUCGGGCACGCUGACCAUGCUGCAGGGCUUGAGCCAGCAGCUGCAGAGCUCCUGCCGGCCCUUGGUGUCCAGCCUGCAGGGCCUCCCCAGCACCGUGCAGGACACGGCGGGGCAGGUCCGGCAGAACGUGGAGGAGCUGCAGGCGGCGCUGGCCUCUGUCACCUCCCUGCAGGACGUGACGGGCCCCGUGCUGGCCCAGGCCCGCAGCCGCGCCGCCAAAGCCCGGCAGCUGAUGGACGAGCUGGUGGAGAACGUGUCCUUCAACACCCCCCUGACGUGGCUGGUGGGACCCUUCGCCCCCUCGGGCAAGCGCCCGGUGGAGCUGGAGAUGGAGUAGCAAUUCCGGGCUGCUCCCCUCCCCAAAAAGCCUCGUUAGGAGCCUUUGCCAAACCCCCCCAGCCCCCCUCACCCCUCACCUUGUGCCUGUGCCUGUGGGGACCCUCCUGCCUGCCCCAGCUCUGUCCCCUUGCUGGAGACCUGCAGUUAUGUGCCUUGGCUGCCCCAAGUGCCUCUUGGGGGUCCCCCACGUCCUCGGUGCCUUCAAACCCCCGUCCUUGUAGGGUCAAAACAGCACAAGAAACAAUAAACUCCGGGUAGUUUUGCA